GUCCCCCCCCCAAAAAAAAGCCAUCCCCCCGUUCUGCCCCGUCGCACAUUCGGCCCCAGCGACUCGGCCAGAGCGGCGCUGGCAGAGGAGUGUCCGGCAGGAGGGCCUACGCCCGCUGUUCGGCUUGCGCUAAAGCAGCAGGGAGGUGGGCGGCAGCUUCGCGGCUUCCAGAUACCAAUGGGGAUCCCGAUGGGGAAGUCGAUGCUGGUGCUUCUCACCUUCUUGGCCUUCGCCUCGUGCUGCAUUGCUGCUUACCGCCCCAGUGAGACCCUGUGUGGCGGGGAGCUGGUGGACACCCUCCAGUUCGUCUGUGGGGACCGCGGCUUUUACUUCAGCAGGCCCGCAAGCCGUGUGAACCGCCGCAGCCGUGGCAUUGUGGAGGAGUGCUGCUUUCGCAGCUGUGACCUGGCCCUCCUGGAGACCUACUGUGCCACCCCCGCCAAGUCCGAGAGGGACGUGUCUACCUCUACGACCGUGCUUCCGGACAACUUCCCCAGAUACCCCGUGGGCAAGUUUUUCCAAUAUGACACCUGGAGACAGUCCGCCCAACGCCUGCGCAGAGGCCUGCCUGCCCUCCUGCGUGCCCGCCGGGGUCGCAUGCUAGCCAAGGAGCUUGAAGCGUUCAGAGAGGCCAAGCGUCACCGUCCCCUGAUCACCGUGGCCUCCAAAGAUCUGGCCCACGGGGGUGCCUCUUCGGAGAUGUCCAGCAAUCAGAAGUGAGCCAAAUUGUUGUGAUUCUGUAAUGUGUACCAUCAGCUCUGUGACCUCCUCUUGACCAGGGACACUUCCAUCAUGUCCCACACUGAGACCUCUCUUCCAUUUCCACCCUGGGGUUUCCCCCACCCCAGCCCCCAGGCCCCGCCUCCCCACAUCAGACUCCUCCUCAGCCCCCCUCCACCGGGCUGAGGGAUUACACCCCCUUCAAAACCAAAACCAAUUAAUUGGCUUUAAACGUCUUCAAACAGACCCUCCCCCCAAAUUAUACAUAGGCCUCAAAAAUUGAAAGUAUAAGCCCCUAAAUUGUUCUCUCUCACACACGCAUAGCCCCACUUAAAAUCAAUCAACUUGUUCAGAAACACUAAUCAGCUUUUUUUAAAAAGUACUUAAAAAAAAAACAAUUGGCUGAAAAAAAUACUAAAAAUUAAUUGGCUUAGAAACAAUUGGCAAAAUAAAGGAAUUUGGCACGCC